GUACGUAAAAGCAGCAUUUUAACGACAGACGAUCUUUCUGUCUCCUUUCUCCUGCGUUCUCUUUUACACACGCGCUGCAUCUCACGCACGCGAGCGUGGGUUUAUGUUAAACGCGCAAGACUAAAAGAAGAAGGACUUUUUUUAUACUUAUUCAAUUCUUUAAUUUACUAUGCACCUGAAAUGGGCAGGCUGUUUACCUGAAUGGACAGGCUGUUGACUUUUGGCGUCUCGCUGUGACAGACGCGUCAGGCAGUAAAGAUCCGCCCCUCGGCGGUGUUCAGCUGCGCUCUGUGCAUCGCUCUCAAACGCUAAUUCCACCGGGACAGACGCAACUUCGGUCCGUGCGCGGAGCGGAGGAGACGCACACGAAAUGACACCAAUGGCUGCGCUUGUGUUCACAGCGACUUUUGCGCUAAUAAUCCGGAUACCGUCUUUCGCAUUAACCGCACGGGUCUACCCUCCUAAUGAAGUGACGCUGCUGGACUCGAGAACUGUGCAAGGAGAAUUGAAAUGGGUUGCGAGUCCGACGGAAGGAGGGUGGGAAGAAGUGAGCAUCAUGGAUGAGAAGAAUACGCCAAUCAGGACUUACCAGGUAUGCAACGUAAUGGAACCCAACCAGAACAACUGGCUCCGUACAGACUGGAUCCCCCGUGGCGGAGCGCAGCGCGUCUACAUCGAGAUCAAAUUCACUCUGCGUGACUGCAACAGCUUGCCAGGAGUCAUGGGAACCUGCAAGGAGACCUUUAACCUCUACUACUACGAGUCCAACAAUGACAAAGAGCGGUACAUUCGAGAGAACCAGUUCACUAAAAUCGACACCAUUGCGGCCGACGAAAGCUUCACGCAGGUGGACAUAGGAGACCGCAUCAUGAAGUUGAACACGGAAGUGCGGGAUGUUGGAAUUUUGACACGGAAGGGCUUCUAUCUGGCGUUCCAGGAUGUGGGAGCCUGCAUCGCUCUGGUAUCCGUACGGAUCUUCUAUAAGAAAUGCCCCCUCACCGUACGCAACCUGGCCCAGUUUCCAGACACCACCACCGGGGCAGACACCUCAUCGCUAGUGGAGGUACGUGGAUCCUGUGUGGACAAUUCGGAGGAACGCGAGGUCCCUAAAAUGUACUGUGGAGCAGAUGGAGAAUGGCUGGUGCCUAUAGGAAACUGUUUGUGUAACCCUGGCUAUGAGGAACACGGAGGAACAUGCCAAGCCUGUAAGAUCGGUUACUACAGAGCGCUGGCUACAGACGACAGCUGCUCUAAGUGUCCCCUGCACAGUUACUCCAUUAGGGAGGGAUCCACUUCCUGUGCCUGUGACAAAGGCUUCUUCAGGUCUGAGACAGACCCUGCUUCUAUGCCAUGCACACAGCCCCCAUCUGCUCCUCAGCACCUUAUUUCCAAUGUGAACGAGACCUCUGUGAAUCUGGAGUGGACUGUUCCAGCAUCCUCUGGCGGCAGACAGGACCUUGCUUACAACGUCAUAUGCAAGAGGUGCAGCUCUGACGGCCAGCGCUGUCAGCCCUGUGGCAACGGCAUCCAUUUUUCACCUCAGCAGCUGGGCCUACGCACCACCCGGGUAUCCAUAAACGACCUGCAGGCCCACACCAACUACACCUUUGAGAUCUGGGCAGUCAAUGGGGUCUCCAAGCAGAGUCCCGGACCAGAACAGGCGGUGUCUGUGACGGUUACCACGAACCAAGCGGCUCCCUCUCCAGUUACCACCAUCCAGGCCAAGGACAUCACCAGACACGCUGUGUCUUUGGCAUGGCAGCAGCCUGAGAGACCCAACGGAGUCAUUCUUGAGUACGAGGUCAAGUACUACGAGAAGGAUCAAAAUGAGCGUAGCUAUCGCAUAAUGAAGACCUCGUCCCGAAGUGCCGAAAUCAAAGGCCUGAGCCCACUCACCUCGUACGUGUUUCAUGUGCGUGCCCGCACCGCAGCCGGCUAUGGAGACUUCAGCGCCCCCUUCGAGUUCAUGACCAAUUCAGUUCCCUCUCCUAUCAUCGGCGAUGGUGCUAACUCUACAGUGCUGUUGGUGUCUGUGAUUGGCAGUGUGAUUCUGUUGCUCAUCUUCAUCGGAGUCUUCAUCAUCAGCCGCAGGAGAAGCAAAUACAGCAAGGCUAAACAGGAUUCUGAUGAGGAGAGGCAUUUACAUCCAGGGGUUCGGAUCUAUGUGGACCCCUUCACCUAUGAGGACCCCAACCAAGCAGUCCGUGAAUUCGCUAAAGAAAUCGACGCCUCCUGCAUCAAGAUUGAAAAGGUCAUCGGCAUUGGAGAAUUCGGGGAGGUGUGCAGUGGUCGUCUCAAAAUGCCUGGAAAGCGCGAGAUCUGUGUAGCCAUAAAAACCCUCAAAGCAGGAUACACCGACAAGCAAAGGAGAGACUUUCUGAGUGAGGCCAGCAUCAUGGGCCAGUUCGACCACCCCAAUAUCAUCCGACUAGAGGGAGUCGUCACUAAAUGUAAGCCAGUUAUGAUCAUCACUGAGUACAUGGAGAAUGGAUCCCUUGAUGCUUUUCUUAGGAAGAACGACGGUCGGUUUACUGUAAUUCAGCUGGUGGGCAUCCUUCGUGGAAUCGCUUCAGGGAUGAAGUAUCUAUCUGACAUGAGCUACGUUCACCGUGACCUGGCAGCUCGCAACAUCCUGGUGAACAGUAACCUUGUAUGCAAAGUGUCUGACUUUGGCAUGUCUCGAGUUUUGGAGGAAGAUCCAGAUGCUGCUUACACUACUAGGGAAAUAACAGGAACCUAUCAAUCACAGGGAGGCAAGAUACCAAUUCGCUGGACCGCUCCAGAAGCUAUUACAUACAGGAAGUUCACCUCUGCCUCUGAUGUAUGGAGUUACGGCAUUGUUAUGUGGGAAGUGAUGUCAUAUGGAGAACGGCCAUACUGGGACAUGAGUAACCAGGAUGUUAUAAAGGCAAUUGAGGAAGGCUAUAGACUGCCUCCUCCCAUGGACUGUCCAGUUUCUUUGCACCAGCUGAUGCUGGACUGCUGGCAGAAAGAGCGUGCCGAAAGGCCAAAGUUCAGUCAAAUUGUCAACAUGCUGGACAAACUCAUCCGCAACCCCAACAGUCUGAAAAGGACAGGAGGAGAGAUAGCCAGACCCAACACCACCCUCCUGGAGCCCAGCAGCCCGGAAUUCACAUCUACCCUGGGAUCAGUUGCCGACUGGCUUCAGGCCAUCAGCAUGGAACGUUACAGAGACAACUUCACCGCUGCUGGCUACACCACUCCAGAGGCUGUGGUCCACAUGACACAAGAAGACAUGGCGAGGAUAGGGAUCUCCUCUGCCGCACAUCAGGAUAAGAUCCUCAACAGCGCGCAGGGAAUGCUGUCCCAGAUGCAACAAAUGCAAGACAGGAUGGUUCCUGUCUGAACCCAUGGGAUCAGAACACACAAACUCGAAACAUACUUUGGACUUCCUUUUUUAUUUUGGUUCUAAGAAAAUCCAUUUACCUCAUCCAUGCACUUUAAAUUAAGUUUUGGGGAAAAGUUCACACACAAACACAAAAAAAACAGUUUUCAGAGGAACGAUACAGCACUUUUUUUUCUCGAUAAUGCCAUCCCCGCCGUCCAGUCAAGAGGAUCGUCCCGCGCUGUACUGAUGCUCUGGAUAUGAUUGUAGGAAGCUUUUCAUUUCAAUGAAACAACAAAGGAGUUUCUUUGUUUGUUUAUUUGAUUUUUGUAUGUAUGUGCCUGUAAGUAAAUGUAUAAAUAGUACUGGAUUUUUUUCGUCUGCUCCUGCCAUUUCACGGUUACUUGAGUGAGCGGCACCUGGCGGAAUUUUUACGCUCGAAAUGGAGGCGUCAGAGAUAAAGAUUUUAUGCACUCUUUAACGCUUUUGUUCCGGAGAUUUCGGAGAGGCAUUCAUCUUCCCAACGUCCACAAUGGAAGACCAGCUUUGGAAGGUCUCCAGGUCUCCCACCCUCAGAAUGGAAUAUCUCUCUACACUCCACAAUUCUUCACACCGCUUCACUUGGCCAGUGUUGGAAUAGAAAAAUCGGUCCUCAGUUUACAUCUUUCUCUCUCCACCUCGCUUUCCACGGUUUUCCCCCGCUUCAUCCUUGCCCUCUCUCUCCUCGCCUCUCUUUCUCCGGAGACCUUCGGCGGGCCGUGAAAUCAACACAUGUCUCCCUUGCUGGAAGUUCCAUCAGAGCUGAGCUAAGAGUCACCUUCACACAUCUGCUCCGCAGCGAUAUCUGCUGAGCAGACUCGCAUCCAUUGCAGUUUCAGUAACUACUUUUACUUGACACCGGGACAAAGGACUUCAAUUCCCAUGAUUCCCAGCAAAUGCUGAACGCUUCCACGACAGCAGACUGAAAACAUGACAAACAACCCGAGGAGCGGUUGAAGGCCCUUCGGUUGUCUCCUAGGAGAUUGGAUGAGAGAUAUAAUGAACAUUUUCAUUUGGUCUCACUUUUGACAGGAAAAACUCUCCAUUCUCAGUGCAGCGUGUUGCUGUUUUCUUUGAAGGAUGACGGUUUGUUUUGAGGCGCGUACACAAAGGACAAAAGCACAUGAUGUGUGCUAAGACUGCAGAACUUUGUGGCUACUCUCUGGAGACCGACAUACUGGAGUUGUUUGCUAUAUUCGCUAAGCCACUGCUGUUCUUCGCUUCUUACCAAUGCUGGAGGUUGUAACUAAAAAAACACAACAUUUAUUUGGGUCGUUUGACUCUUAACUGAAAAGAUUUCAAUGCUAAUUCGAAUAGUCUGAAUGUGGACUGCAAGAAGAAGCACGUUCUUUGUACCUAAAAUAAACUUAUUACAGGAAUGUUUAUAAAAAGGGAAAAAAAAAAACUUUUAACAUUUCAAGUGUGCUCUGUUUCAUGUCAACCAUAUCCAUCCGUCCAAUCUGAGAGACUUUCUUCCCAUUUCAUCUUUCGAUAAUCCCUCCUCACCUGUUUAGGACCUGUUUGGAAUAUGCAAUGAAUGUGAGAGGAGAGAAAUUCAAUAGAAUGUACCGUGCCAAGUCUCCUAAUGUAGUUUAUUCUGGAGGAACACUAACAAGUCGCAUUUUUCCCAACAGAUCUAGACAUUUUAAGUUUAAUGUUGUGCAUAAUUGUGUCAUCGUUUUCCUUCUCUUCCAUUUUUUAUUUUAUGAAAUUAGGUACAUGAAACAUGUCAUUUAUUUAUGGUCUUUUUUAUCUAGUUUGUAAAUUGUAAAAUAGAGCUAUGAGAGAAAUAAAUGAUUGCCAAGUGCAUUGUAA